UCAAAUUAGCUUGACGGAUCAUAAAAAUGGAAAGUUUUCUUGGUUUCGCAUAUGUCUUCUUUCAGUUUCUUUUUAACAAUAUAAACGGGGACUCUGGACAUUGUUUUGAUGCUUCAAAUUAUCUUGCUCGUGAAACGGGACUAGGUGCCAGGAAAUUUUGGGGUUCCAAGACAGUGGACGUUGAACACUGCAUGAAGUUAUGUGUACGACAAAAGCAAUGCAAGUCCAUCAACUAUGAUUUGGAAUCAAGAAUGUGUGAGUUGAACAAGAACUUUAGAAACGGAAAACAGAGGUCAUCCGACACGAACGUUUACUCAGAGUACCGGUCUUGGCCUCCGGAGGUUGACAAACAUUGCUACAAUCGUCCAUGCAAAGACAACGAGAUGUGUAUACCAAAGUCACUUUUGAUAACUUCAGCUGACCCAGACUGCUCGUAUUCUUGCAUGCAAUUUAGUCGACCUGUUUGCCCUUUACCAAAAAUGGGUACUUCUAAUGGCCGAACCGUUGGCGCUGUGAAUACCGUAAAGUGUCCGAAAGGUACCUCAGGCGGGGGUAAUGCCACGUGUAAGCCCGAUCUUACAUGGGACAAGGAAAUUGAAAAAUGUGUUGGAUUUCGUUUUGAAAUUAAAACAUCAGAAGAAAAGUAUGUGAGUGCAUUUCUUGAAACAAAUCAUGAUGGCACAUGGAAGUAUGUUUCUAUAGACAAAUGGUAUUGGAAAAACACUCAGGUUGCAUGCAGAGACCUACUUGGGCUAGAAUACGGCGGUUCAAUCCGUAGACAUAGACAUGCACAGUUAUCUCAAAGCAAUAUCGUUAAAGUCGAUAUAAGAUGUAAUGGAAAUGAGCAAACACUUGCGGAAUGUGACUACCGGGGUACGAAGGACAGUGGAAAUUUGAUAGUGAUUUUAUACUGCUUUAAAUACAAUAUCAGUGCUGGUCCGCCUUUUGAAAAUAUAACACUUUCAUCCGCCUUGCCAUCGGAGACUCAACUGCCACCCGAAGAAGAUACGAAGGAUUUCUUAUGGGUAAAGAUCGAACGCACCUGGUUUCCUGUUGUUGAGAAGUGCAAUAAUAAAGGGAAUAAUUGGAGAAAAGAUGAAACAAAAGUCGCUUGCCGCUCAAUGUUUCCACAUGCGUCUAACCAAAAAGAGAAGUACGAUCUCAAGGACAUGGGAAAUCCAGACAAAUGCGUGAUAUUUGUUUGUCAAGGGGAUGAGCCCCAUCUGUUUAAUUGUCAGCAUCGAAUAUGCGACAAAGACCCGAGUAGAAAAGGAAUUAAACUUCAAUGUAAUUAGAUGUGACUUUUUUACAUUUAGACCUGACCAGCAUCGGGAAAGGGAAUGUAGAAAUGACCUCCGUCUGUAUGUGUGGUUUAUCUGUCCAUCCGUCAACUGUUUGUCUGGUUCAUAACUUUUCAUGUCGCUACCUUCAUGACCUUAGCUUAAAGCGACAUUAAACAAAAGUAAACAUUUUUUUCUGUCGGCUAACAAACCAAGCAUUCUAUACUCGUAGUUUCGUUGACAUUUUAACAGUAUUGUUGUAAACCUCAUCAAAAAAUUGUUCACAAAGUAUGAUUUUAUAAGGUAACACUUAAGUUCGUAUACGAAUUCUAACAUGCAAAUGAAGACUUGUAUAAUAAGCUUAUGUAUGCGCUUCGUCACAAUGGUAAAAUCAAUUGUAACCAUCUGGAUCACAGCAAAUAGGAUAUAUUUUGUGCAAACAUAACUUUUACCGUUUUAGUUUCACGGUGCAUUAGCCCUGUCGUUUACAAAAAAGUAAUCAUCUCAUAAAAAGAUUGAAUUUGUAUGAAAACAUCUGUAAUAUAAUGCGGAACUAUACCGUUAAAUUCGGAAUGCUUCUUAAAAAUGUGUUUUGAUUUUCUAUUGAGAAUGGAAGACCCAAAGGCGGAGUUUCUCAUGCAAAUAGAAAUUGUACUACCGAUUUUGCCAUAAUGAGGUUGUAGAUUUAUGGCAUAUAAAACUCAUUUUGUUUUUUUGUGCACCAAAAUAAGAACGGGUGUCGAUAUGAAACAUAUUGAAUAAAGAAAUGUAGCAAUUUCAUUUUUAUGUGCGUGUAUGUGCGUGUGUGCGUGCGUUUGUGUUAUGUAGAUUAAAUAGUGAACUUAAAAAAAAAUUCAAAAAAAAUCUUGUGAAAAAAACACUAGUCCAAUUUCAGCCAAACUUUGCAGGAUUGUUCAUUAGGUAAAGUGUUAUAAUGUAAAUUUUCUCAUGCAAGUUUAUAAAUUAAUAUUGUAAUUAUACCCAUGUAUUUUUAUGUUCAUGUUAUUUCAACUUCAUGUUUAUUGUAUGUGUAAUAUGUAAUUAUUUUUAUAUUUUUCCUUAAGUUAAUAUGGUCAUGCUUAGUAUCAAAAUGAUCAUAUUUUUUAUAGCUUUUUGUUAGAAACAUUAAUUACAGUAAAUUGCAAGUUUACUUCAAUAAGGAGCUUUUUCUUAAAAAAUUGUUUUAACAUAUAAAAAUUUCCCAUAUUAUAAAAACACCUCUAAGCAAAGAUUUUUUAAUACAAUAUGGCAUUUUAAGUCUUCCUGCUUAAUAGUGACAUUGAUUAGUUUCAAUUAAUAUCAAAGGCUUAAGCCCAAGCCAAUUUGUUUAAUAUACAAACAAGGAAGCCAGGGUGAUAACUUUUCACAAAUACAAAUAAUAAAAAGGUGAUUUGUUGUUAACUAAUGUUUGCAAAGUUAAUGGAAAUGGCUUCCUGUUAUUUUUCACAGCUUUCGAUAGUUUUCUGUAUAAAAAUCGGUGGAUUUUUCUAUGG